GUGCGUGCACGCGCACGGACACACAAAAGUGUUUUGUUCAACUUUCCAGUGAAGACCCGAUGAUGCUGGUGGUCUCUCUCUCUCUCUCUCUCUCCUGUUAAUAAAGUCCCACUCACUUCCUCCUCUGUCAGUUUGGUCAGUUCAUUAAAUGAACUCACUGCUCCUCACUGCUCCUCACUGCUCCUCCUCACUGCUCCUCACUGCUCCUCACUCAGUUUAAAUCAUGGUGCCUCUCACGUGGAUCCUCUCUCUGAUUUGUGUUGCAGGAGGUCACCUGUUUUCAGCCUCACCUGUUCUCCGCUCCGCCCUGGUGGUCCAGGCUGGGCAGAACGUCUCGCUGGCCUGUAACCUGACAUCCAGACAGGAAAUCACCUGGUACCUCCUGCGCUCGGACCAGCUGCUGCCUGUGCUGACGGUUCGAUCAAGUCGAGUCGGAGAAGAUACGGUGAACGUUCACAUCGCAGACAGACGUCGAGUCAACAGCGUGGGGGAUCUGAAAAGUGGCUCGGUUGGUCUGGAGAUCGAGGAGGUGCAGGAGGACGACGCCGGGCUGUAUUUCUGCACGGGGCGGUGUGCAGGAGCUGUUUGUGUUAACAGAGGAAUUCACCUGGUUCUUGAUGGUGUUGACGUGACGUCAGCCAGGCAGCCAUGCUGGACUCUGGGCAUCGCGGUCCUUGUAGCGUUACUCGUCCUCUGUGUGGUCGCCAGCGUUGGAGUCUGCGUCUGCUCAGGUAAACCAGAUGUUUGCUGCUGUAAGACAGCGAGCAGCAGCACAAGCCUGAAGGUCACAGAGUCUGAGUCUUUACAUUAUUCCAGCCUGCAGCUCGCAGACAAGCUCCGCCCCCAAAGAGGCGCAGGAUUGGUCGAAGAGAGAGUGACGUACUCGUCAGUGGCCAUUCGCAUGAGCCCAAACAGAUCACAUGACUGCAGAUAGACUUUUAACAGGAAAAAGCUUCAAUAAUGAAUCAAAAGCUGACAUUUUAUUUUUGGUACGUGUUUCUGUCAAUGACGCUCUGCUGCUUCACCUCCUCCUGAUCUCUCAGUGUCUCUUCUUCUUCAUUUUCAAUGCAGCAGACUUGUAUAAAGAUAAUUACAGCACAGUCUAAUGUUCACCUGUUACCAGAACACUGUUACUGCUCACAUUCAUUUCUUCAUAUGUAGCAUCCACUGUUUUUUUUAUUCAUGAAACAAUAUUUUAAUAAAAACAUCCUGAAA